AAGGAAAGCCUCAAAGAGAAAAUAAACACUAUGCUUAAAAUGGCUCUCACUUCUCUAUUGGCUUCAAUAGGGUGCCUUGAAAUCUUUAUAGCAAUAUUUUUCUCUUGUGUAUUCUGGUCUUUAGCAGAUAACAAACAUGGCCUACCAAGAAAUUGCCCGAUUUUCGGAAUGUUCCUGAGCCUUCUUAUGCAUAUACAUAGAAUUCAUGAAAGAAGUGCAGAGGUACUUUCUUGCUGAAAGGCCUUUGGUUUACUAACAUGGAUAUUCUUGGCACAGUGGAUCCUGCAAAUGUGCACUAUAUCAUGAGUGCAAAUUUUCCGAAUUCCCUAAAGGGCAUGAACUCAAGAAGAUUUUCAAUGUUUUAGGCGAUGGAAUUUUCAAUUCCGACUUGGAAUUGUGGAAGAAUCAGAGGAAGCUCGCGAGAGAAAUGAUCAUUCAUCAGAGAUUCCACAAGUGUUUGGUGAAAACCAACGUUCACAAGGUCGAAAAUGGCCUGAUUCCCGUUCUUGAAUUCGUAGCUAAAGAAAGCAGAGUUCUUGAUUUGCAAGAUGUUUUCAAGAGAUUAACACUUGAUACAACAUGUAUGCUACUCACUGGCUUUGAUCCUGACUGCCUCUCUCUUGAACUCGUGGACGUUCCCUUCUUGAACGCCAUGGACGAUGCUAAAGACGUAUGUUUCAUACGCCAUUUGUUGCCCAAAAGUGUUUGGAAGUUGCAACAAUGGCUUGGAUUUGGGACUGAAAAGAAACCACGCAAAGCAGAGGAAGUCCUUGACCAAGUCAUUGGCAAGUAUAUAUCGAUGAAACAUGACGAAUUGAGCAAUGCAACAAAAUCCGAGGAAGAUGAAGAGAGUUAUGAUUUAUUAACAUCAUACAUGGUAAAUGAUGCAAAAACCAAAACAGGGCAAAAGUUUGACGACAAGUUCUUGAGGGAUACCAUACUGAACUUCAUGUUCGCGGGGCAUGACACAGUUGCCUUGGGCCUUACUUGGUUCAUCUGGCUAGUUGUCACACACCCCGAGAUUGAGAAGAAAAUAAGGGAAGAACUUAAGGCAAUGGUCUUGUUGGGAGAAGGUGAAAAACGGAGGCUUUUUAAGGUGGAUGAUGUGAAAAAUGCAAUAUAUUUACAUGCUGCAUUGUGUGAAUCGUUAAGGCUAUAUCCCCCUGUUCCAAUCCAGCACAAGACUCCACUAGAACCCGAUAUUCUCCCAAGUGGACACCAUGUUCAUUCGAAUAUGAGAGUGAUGAUUCCGUUAUAUGCAAUGGGGAGGAUGGAAUCCGUAUGGGGAUACGAUGCCUCAGAAUUCAAGCCAGAGAGAUGGAUUUCAGAUCGGGGAACCGUUAAACAUGAGCCAUCUUACAAGUUCUUUUCUUUCAAUGGAGGGCCAAGGACUUGCUUAGGGAAAGAAGUGGCAUUUACUCAAAUGAAAAUUGUUGCUUCAACUAUCAUUCAUAAUUACCAAAUUGAAAUGGUAAAAGGCCAUACUGUUUGUCCCAAUAUCUCUGUUAUGAUCUACAUGAAACAUGGCUUUUAAGUUAGGAUUAAGAGGAG